GCGAAUGGGUAGUUUCUGGAGAUGAGAUUUCUUCAGUGCCUCAACUGUUAUUAAACCAAUAUGGGAUCUGUAUUUCUUCCACAUUUGCACACGGGUUGGCAUGUCGACCAGGCCAUCCUCUCAGAAGAUGACCGGUUGGUGGUAGUCAGGUUUGGCCGUGACUACGAUCGGGAUUGCAUGAUUAUAGAUGAGCUUCUAUACGGAGUGGCAGAGAAAGUCAAAAACUUUGCGGUGAUAUACCUCUGUGACAUCGAAGAAGUGCCCGAUUUCAAUGAAAUGUAUGAGCUUUACGACCCAUGUACUGUGAUGUUCUUCUACCGAAAUAAGCAUAUGCUCUGUGAUUUUGGGACCGGGAAUAACAACAAAAUGAACUUUCUAAUAAAGGACAAACAAGAGCUUAUUGAUAUUUUGGAAGUUAUCUACAGGGGUGCUUCCAAGGGGAAGGGUUUGGUGGUCAGUCCCAAAGACUACAGUUCGCAGCGCAAACCAUAAUCAGCGUGUGUUUCAUACAUAAAUAGAUAUGGUAAAUUAAAUACAAGUGAUUAUCUUUAUUCCUGGACUUCAUUCUGGGCAUAAAAAAAGUUGACUGCCAACAACUGGGCCAGACCACCGUGUUUCUUAAUCCAGUCUCUCACGCCCGAACCAGGAACAUUAGUGCCCCAGUUGGGUCUAUCGGCCGGUGCCGUCAAUUUGGCACUGGGAUCUUGUUUGUACAACAAGAAGACGUACCGGUGUUUCUUGGUUUUUUCAGGUGGACCAGGCCCCACGUAUGGGACGAGAGCAUUACCUUUGGAAAAAUCCAACAUCGUGCUUAAUGAUUCGGCGUCGGUAUCCUUAUUGAUGUUUAAAGCUAAAUCUGUUACAAUCCAGUGACAGUAUUCUGACCAUUUCUUGUCUGAGUACGAAGGAGCGUCUGGGUCGGUUAACACCAAGGCGAAUUUGUCGUUGGCCGAAACCUCAAAUUCUUCUUCUGGGGCCGGAGAAUUGACGGUGAAUUGAAUGGUGGGCACAUGUUGAGUACUGUCGACCUUUAAGGUGUUGCCGAGUGUCACCUUGUUCUUGUCGCUAUAUUCAAUGGUCAAUAAGCCUUGAGUCUUGAAUGGGUCCACCACUUCGGGUACAAUGCCGUGCUUGGUAUAAGCUUCGUCCAAGGAUUGGGAUAUUGUCAUUAAAUUCAUUUUGGAAUGGAAAUUGAUAAAGUGGGAGGGUUUAAGAAAUUGAGGUCUGGAAGCUUGUCUCGAAUAUGAUUUGAAUGAAUUGAGAUAAAAGCUUGGAUUUUUCAACAUUCUACGUUCACAAAUAUUGGAGUCAUGGAAUAUUUAUACCAAUUGUGAAAAAUUGCUCCAAGUCCCAAAAGAAAAAUCCUCUAAUGUCCUAAAAUUGCUUUGCCAGAAAAUCUAUGGUGCAAUUAAAUUUCUGAACAUGUCCUCCGAUGUUGACCCUUUUAGGCGAACACCAAUUUUUUUUCUGUACCCCAGGAAGUUAUUUCCGUACCCUUCCGAUCAGUGGUUAACCCCGAAUGAUUUGCAGCUAAUCUAAUAUAACAUUUUGUUAUUACAAACACUAUUUACUAUUAUAAUAUACAUUUGACUUUUUUAAGCUGAAACAUUUCAUUUUUACCUGUUGCCUACUUUUGAGGUUUAUCUAUAGUCUUCAAAUUGGCCAUAUCCUUCAAAGUUGGAGUAAUUGCCAUUUCCUGGCGGUUGCAGCCUUUCAGGUACCUGAGACUGUUGAUGUUGAAGUUGAUGUGGUUGUGGAGGUUGUGGUUGUGGAACUCCCGAAAGAGGUGCUUGUACCGACACCGGGGAGGUGUUUCUAUCACCGGAAUCAGGAUUUCCGUUAGAAAUUUUGGUGCUAGGAAGGGGUCCCGCCAUGUGUUUGGGGUUGGGUUUCUUGGGCUUUUCUUCUUCCCUGGGAACGAUAUCAAUCAAAAAAUCAAACAUGUCACUUUUGGAUAGAGCAGCAGCAAUAUCGGAUUUCUGUAAGGUUCUUCGUUUAUUCUCUUCUGCAUGGAUCCAAGCUCUCAUGGUCAAUUCUGUGAUGAAAAUAUCACAUCCUUUGGCGAAAAGAAUAGGUGCUUCGGCACUGAUCAUUUUCACAUCUUCGUCGGUUUUCAUUACUUUCUUAAUUCUUGCUAAAGGAAGUUGGUGGUUUUUAAAGUCAUGUUCGUCGUUUUCAAUGGAGUCGAUGGUUUCUUGCCAGUACUGAAUCAUCAAAUCUCGAUGUUCAGCCACCAAACCUUGUCCAACAUUGCUGAAAGCAUUCCCUGGUUGUUGUUGUUGUUCAGCCGCUGCUGCUUCGGCCGCUGCUUGAGCCGCAAGUAACUCUGCUUCGUCAACAAUGUUUUGAUGGGAAGUCACAAGUUCAGGCUCCGGGUGAGCGCUGGAUCCUUGUUGUUGCAAAUCCAACUCUUCGUCUUCCAAAUACUCGCUGCGGUAACGGUCCAUCGGUCAAUCGUUUAAUUGGGGUGUGGAUGCGAGUACAAGAUUUCUAGAAGGUUUGCAAGGCACUACUCGACGUCAAUGUGAUAGGAGGAAGUAAUAUACGACGUACUCAACGAGGCGAGUUCGGUUCUAACAGUAUUUGUUGGUGGUAAACUUUAGAUGCCAGUGGUGUAAAAGCUUGCAAGAUUAAAAUUUC